GUUGUGUAAAGUAUGUGAUGUCAGACAUGAUUUGUACUGUUUAUGGUAUAUGCACUACUGAAAAUAGUCGUCUGUGAUAUGUGACUUUCUUCUAUUGUGUAGACAAUGUAAGCGGUGAUUAUCAAUUUGUAUACCUUGUUUGUUGUGUAGGCUUCAAAAGAACAAAUGGUGACUCCGUUGCAGCAGAAGACAUUAGAAGCAUGUUACCAGUCUGUCGAUAAUUUACAGAAAGACUUGAAGGAACGAUUACAAUCGUUCGAGCGUCACAUGCGAGGUCUGAUGGAAAAGUGUAUGAAGUUUGAAGAAGUAAUAACUACACUGUAUACCAGAAUUCAACAACUAGAAGAAGAUAUCGCAAAGAAUCGAAAAUCUAGUGGCAUGACCGAAGCAUGUCAGCAACAAUUUCAAUCCCAAGAUCGGAUUCUUGCUUCCCACGAUAUCAAAUUAGCAGAGGAUGGUCUGCGAUUGGGUAUGAUGGAUUACAAGAAUACCGAUGGCAUCUUGAGAUGGAAGAUUACCGAAAUCGGAAGGCGCAGAAGAGAUGCAGUGAGUGGUAAAACACUAUCGAUAUACUCACAGCCAUUCUAUACAUCACCAAACGGGUACAAGAUGUGUGCAAAGCUGUACUUGAAUGGAGAUGAGAUGGGUCGUCGAUCUCACUUGUCUUUAUUCUUUGUUAUCAUGCGUGGCAAAUAUGACUCUGUGCUUCCAUGGCCUUUCAAGCAGAUGGUGACUUUGAUAUUGAUAGAUCAAGGCGGACGUCGUCAUAUCUCUGAUACGUUCAUGCCCGAUCCAUCUUCGUCUUCAUUCAAGCGGCCAAGGAGUGAGAUGAACAUUGCCAGCGGAUGUUCAUUGUUCGUCUCGCUUUCUACUCUGGAUGGAGGAGGAUACAUCACUGAUGAUACAUUGUUUAUCAAAAUGAUAGUGGACUCUACUGAACUGUAUCGCGCUGAUUAGACAGUAGACUUCAAGCAGCCAGAGAGCAAUGUGAACAUUUAUUGCCAGUGGAUGUCCGUUAUCUCUCAGGUACUGUACCACUCUGGACGGAAGGCCAGGAUGCAAUCAAAAUGGUAGUUGAAGCUACUGAACUGUAUCGCUUUGAUGCACAAUAAUGUAGUUAAUUAAUUAUCUUAGCCAAGGUUAGUUGUGUCUCUAUAUACCCAAGUUAUUGGCCAAACACCACAUGGAGCUUGGAUAUGGAAGACACUAAACCUUAUAAUUAUAUAUGCGAGUUGUAGUGGAGGCUGCAGUCUAAGUAGGUACUCUUAUUUGUUCGUGAUAUGGACAUAAGCGUGUUACUUAGUAUAUUUUCAACUAAUGUAUUUAGAAGAAUUAUUGUUUACUCGUAUUUCAUUUGGUCCAGUUGCUUGUGGGCAGGCAUUAGUGCUAGCUAUAUAGCAAAUAUUUAUCGCAUUGA